AACACACAAGUGACAGAGGCCUGGAACAAAAUCGCCCACUCGUUCCACUGCACACCCAUCGAAGGGAUGCUGUCCCACCAGCUGAAGCAGCACGUGAUCGAUGGGGAGAAAACAAUCAUCCAGAACCCUACAGACCAGCAGAAGAAGGACCACGAAAAAGCAGAAUUUGAGGUCCACGAAGUCUACGCCGUUGAUGUUCUCGUCAGCAGUGGAGAGGGAAAGGCGAAGGACGCGGGCCAGAGAACCACCAUUUACAAAAGGGACCCCUCCAAACAGUAUGGCCUGAAGAUGAAAACCUCCCGUGCCUUUUUCAGCGAGGUGGAGAGGCGCUUCGAUACCAUGCCGUUCACUCUCAGGGCAUUCGAGGACGAGAAGAAGGCCAGGAUGGGGGUGGUGGAAUGCGCCAAACACGAGCUGCUCCAGCCCUUCAACGUCCUCUACGAGAAGGAAGGGGAGUUUGUUGCACAGUUUAAGUUCACGGUGCUUUUAAUGCCCAACGGCCCCAUGAGGAUAACCAGCGGCCCCUUCGAACCAGAGCUCUACAAGUCCGAGUUUGAGGUGCAAGAUGGAGAACUGAAGGCCCUUCUACAAAGUUCUGCAAGCCGGAAGACCCAGAAAAAGAAGAAAAAGAAGGCCUCCAAGAACGCAGAGAAUGCCACCACGGGAGAGACAGCAGAGGAGAACGAGGCUGGCGACUGA